AUGGCGAAGCUUCGCUUCAUGCACCUUCUUUUGGUAUCGGCCGUCGUCAACGCAAACCUCGCCUCGCUAUGCCGCUCUGCUGUUGCGCCGUCGCUUUCUUCAUUCUCGGAUGAAGAGUGUUUGCAGACUCUGGCAGCGACCCCAGCGUCCCAGGAGCCUCAGAGCGCUUCGGUCGGAGAAGUCGUGUUGGAAGAGCAGCCGCAGGAUGAUAUAGCUCUCCACCAGAUGUGGGCGAGGCAGAACCUGACGCCGCCCGCCGAAGCAUCGCUUCAAGUCACCACCGUCACUAUCGUUCGGACGGUUACCGUCGAGCUUGCUAGCCGAACUGAGGUGAUCUGGGCGCCUCUUCAGCAGACCUUGACUUUUAUCAAUCCCACCCUGGUCUUUGAGACGAGCGUCGUCACCGCGUCCCAGCCUCGAGAUAUUGCAGCGAGAGACGCGGCAAAUGCAAUCGCAUCGGAUCAAGCGGCGAUUCCCGAAGUAUCCUCAGCCGACUUGUACUACCACGAAGGCGCUCAGCUCUCACCGCACCCAGCUCCUGUUCGACGGCAGACCCUGGCUUCAGUCAACAGGGUUUCGACAGUCACCGUCGAGAUCACGACCACAAUAGUAGCGAGCGGGACCAUAGUCCGUACUGUCACCAUCUUCAAUCCUGUGUUCGUCUCGGUCACUCAGACACCUACUCUUACGACGACAAUCUUCACAACCACGACCCUUCCUCUCGAGAAUACGGCCUCCAGCGUACCUGCCGGUGUACCAUCUCCACCGGCUAGCCAGAAGGCCAUCUCCAGUGACGACGCUCAGCAGACUGCAUCGUCCAUAUCCCCCGACCCUCCUUCUUUCACGGAAACGACGCUGGCAGCCUCCGAACCCCAACAGCCUUCAGUUGCCUCCAGCACCUUGGGCGCACCUGAAAGCACUCGCGUCCGCUCAUUAUCUGAUACGUCUCGCAGUAUCUCUACAUCAUCCUUGGUACUUCCAAGCUCGUCUACACCUGCGACCAAUGAAGGGACCUCGGCAAGAGCUGGGCCUGUAACGAGCAGCGGCCCACCAUUGAGAUCAACAUCGGCGACGGCUGCUCCACCAUUGACCGAAACUCUCCUGCCUUCGACAGAGCGCAUCUCCAGACCAUCUCUAGGUCCUGAGGCAAUCGCAGGCAUUACUGUAGGCGCAACGCUUGCUCUCACAGCUCUGAUCUUUCUAUUCCUCUGCAUACGUCGACAGAGAUCCAAACGCAGGCGACAUCUUCAGCUGAGCGAAGACGAUCGCCAGAUGACUACCGCUACAGUUGGUAACGCCAUCAUGUACCGAGCGACUUCUCACCCUCUAACAUACGAUGGACCUUGUCAAACGCCGCAAACUGGAGGAUGCAGCAGUAAGAGCUCCGAAGAAGAGCAGGUGCGAAUUGUCAUAAAGCCCAUCACCAAGAACAGAAGCAUGAGCAGUGUGCUCUCGGCACUGCCCAAGGUCUGGCCUCGGCCACCGGGGUACACGGGCAAGGCAUACAGUUUUUCUGCAGGCGGGAGCGGCGAAACAACUCCCAGAGAGCCUACAGGAUGGAGCGUUGAGAGCGAGUAUGGAAGCUCGGGGAAUCAGGAUGCCUCGCGAAGCGGAGGACCUUGGGAAGCCGCCGCUUGGAAAGGGCCGGCAGCAGCCCACCCCAUAGCAGAUGGUAGAUGUGAGACAGGCAGGAUCAGAUGA